CGAGGGUGUUUUGAACGGAGGGAGGCGGGUCUUCGCGGACUGAUCACCGAUCAGCUGAGGCUCGUCACGCUCACGCUCGUAUCAUAUGUAGCGUUAUUCCCGUCUGUGUGUGUCGGAGCGAUGUUUCGCUGUCGGAGGAACGCUUCUGGAGCGGCUUUAUUACUGCAGCGUCUGCAAGUAACGUUACUUGACGCGAGCCGCUCGUUGCGUAACUACCGCUGCUCUCGUGUUUACCGGAGAUUAACGGCAAGCAAAACCGUUCUAUUCCGUUCCCGUUUGCACGAGACUCCGUUCGGAUCGCCGCCGGAUCUCGUUGCUCACGCGCGAAUGGCGGCGUUCGCUUUGAACGUUCGCCAAUACAGCGACGCGAGGAGCGGCGAUCGGAACGUUCUUAAACUCAGUGAACUCGAAUCGUUUCGUUCUUCAGCUCCUGUCGCGAUCCAGUCGAGACGAUCAUCCACGACGCCCGAGAAAACGCAAGACGAACGCGCCGCUAGCAUUACGCAAACGCAGGAUCAGGUGUCGUCUGUGUCCGGCGCUGAAGGUCAGAGGUCGGAUGAGAAGCCCAGUAAGACGCAGCAGCUCAGGAAGGUGUUUAAGGAGUACGGCGCCGUCGGCGUCUCCUUCCACAUCGGAAUCUCGCUCAUUUCUCUGGGAAUGUUCUACCUCGCCAUAUCCAGCGGGUUGGACGUGACGGCUCUGCUGUGUAAGCUGGGCUUCAGUGAGUCGGUGGUUCAGUCGCGGAUGGCUGCCGGCACCAGCACGUUUGUGUUAGCGUACGCUGUGCACAAGCUCUUCGCUCCGCUGCGGAUCAGCAUCACACUGGUGUCUGUGCCGCUGAUCGUCAGACACUUCAGGAAGACGGGACUCUUCAGAGCCGGUCCAAACCGACCAUAAGCUCCUCUAUUCACACUCAACUCAUGACACUAACUCAUCCAGUGCUUUUCUAGAGCGGACAGUACCUCAGACAGACAGAAAUCAAAUGUGAUGUGAUGCUUUGGGUGGUUUUCUCAACAGAACUCGUGGUUGCUUGUUAGUUUUAAGCUCUACAGUCACAGUGAAGUCUGUUGACCGUGAUUUUAUCAGCUGUGAUUUUUGUGAAUUGAAGAGUUAAUGAAGGGCUGUAAUGUGCUGGUUUGUCUUAUUCUAAGACAGUUGAAUUGAUUUAGUUCACACUAAUGUUCAUCACUUCUAUCAGACGGGCUUUUUUAGGAGAUUUCAGGACAAUUUUGAACUUUGACUGUUAAUUAUAUUGAAAUUCUUAUUGUGUAAUAUUAUUGAAAAUCUUAAUAUUGUAAAGUCAAUGUUAUAUUUGGCUGUUUAAUUAUAUAAUAAAAUG